UAUUUUGAAAACUCUUUUGGAAGGAUUCAUACACACAAAUCCACAGUAAUACAUAGAAACCAAGCAACUCAACAUUUCACGUUCAUUUUCUUACGUUGUAUCGUAUCAAAUUUUCCCACGUUCACAAUUUUUAAUGGCCACCACCACCCGAAUCCAAACACAAACAAUCUUUCUCUUUUUCUCCUUCAACCGUCGAAUCCUAAACGCCAACACGACACCGUUUCUCUAACCGCCAAUAUCGUCUCAGAGUUCUCCUCGAGGCUUGUCUUCCCAACAUGGAGCCCCCAAAAAGGAAGCCCAAGGUUCACAUGUUUCGAUUCCUCCGAUGUUUCAAACCCAGCGGCGUCGUUUCGCGGGAACGCAAAACACCGGACCCGCUUCUCACUUACAUUGCCGUGCCGGAGAAGCACAUGUUCCCGACCGUGUUGACGUCGGCUUUCACAGCGGCGAAGGGUGGCGAAGGAAACGCGAGUCACUGGAAAAAGACGGACAGAAAUAAGAAUGAUGAUGGUAACAAUAAUAGUAACCUCUCUUUUCGUCGUGCUCUUAUGUCGGCUUUCAAUCAUACGUCAUUGGGCAAGAAGAUGAGCCGUAAGAGGAAAACAAAAAAAGAUGAUUUCUCAAGAGAAAGUUCAAAGAACUUAUCAAACUAUUCUUCCUAUUCUUCUAUUUUUACUACAACUUCAUCACCAUCUUCAACUUCAACCACAUUAAGUACUAUUUCAACGGGUACUGUGACUUCAACCACAUCCUGCGAACCCUGCUUAACCCGAUCAUUGGCAAUGGCUAAUGGAACAAGGAUGCUGAAACACAAUCGAAAACAUGGUUCAAACAUUGCUGUCACUGUGUUUUUCAUCACUGCUCUUCUUGUUUUAAUUCUGUGGGGUAGGUGUUAUGCCAUAGCUUACACUGCAAUAGGCUUCUUUGUCGUGCCUAGUCGUCGAAGGACUUCUCAAGAAACCGAGUUAAUUAGUUCGGUUCGGUUCAAGAAGUAG